AUGGAAGGCAGUAAGUGGUGGUAUUUGAGGGUGGGUUUGAGUGAUCAAACGGGAUGGAAGAUGGGUAGCUGGGUUGUGGUUUCCGGUGGGGAAGGAUGUGAUGGCAGUGGUGGUUUUAUGGCGGAAGGUGGUGCUACCGUGUGGAAUCAUGAGAAAGCCCGACUAACCAUCAUCUCUCCUUCUUACCACCACCGUCAGAGCAAAAAUAUAGCCUCGUUUCCACUGUCGCGAAAGCAUUGCCGCCUCUCCUCUAUCGCAAAUCUACUCGUAAUAAAUACAUUGGAUGCUCAGACACAACAAUAAGUCAACAACAGCCUUCAAGAAGAGGCUUAAAAAGAAUUUCUUGGACAAGAAAUGAGAUCCACUUAAUAUCUACCUACAUCUGGAUGAGGCUACAUUGAAAAACUUAAAGAGAGGGUAAAAAUUCAGAAAGAGACGAGCUCGGAGUUUUUUAAGAAUCCUAUCCAACUAGGCCAUCAUGGGUAUAUGGGCAAAAAACCUUCGUGGGAAUAUGAGAUGCCAUCCAAUGAUAACAUCUUACUUUAAUGAUAUAUGUGGUGAUAGAGGAUAGAACUGCUUGGGACAAUUCCUCUACGAUGGAAUCGCGGGUGUUCUUUCUUUAAUUUUUUAUGCAAGUUUUAUGAUGUAGUAGGAACUUACCAAAUUAAUGGUUUUUUUGUUAAAUAGUCGUGUUCUUUCUUUGAAUGAUGUUUUUAUUGAUGUCUAUUAUGGUUGAGUUAAUUGGCA